UCAAAGUGUCAAACAAAAGUGGAAAAGUGUAAUAGAGUACAAAGUAAUUCUGAAUCUUCCUAAGUAGGCCUACAAGAUAAAUUUGUGUGCUUUUUCACAACUACAACAGUUCAGAUCUACCGAUAUUUAACUUAGUAAAUAGUAAAUAAAAAUCAUAGGUAAAUAACUUAUAUAUGACUUAAAGAAUUCAUUAAUAAUCAGGGUAAAACUUUGCGACCCACACAUCACCCUAAUCAGAAACUUCAUUGUACAUUUUUAAAGAGUUUUGUGUUUUUACGAGCAAUUAGAAACAUCAUGGAAAAAGGUUUUGAGGAAAUGCAAGAUGACUACAAAACGCACAUAUCUGAGGGACAGGGGCUGCUCUUAAAAUUAAAGGAAAGCAGUUUCUGCCAUGUUCAUGGGAUUGAUAAACUGGAAAGGAAAAUUAAGAGAGAUAUUAUGUUUCUUUCUGAGACUUUGCAAAACAAUAAAAUGAAGAAGGAGCAUCUAGUCUGUUCAAAUCUACACUUUUAUAAAGCAAUCAUUGAUGAGGCGCAGAGGCAAGAAUGUGAAGCGGUGUUAAAGACUUUUUCUUACAAAUUGAAUGAGAAAGUACUAAGACUCACAGUGGAUAUUGUUUCUAAAGAAGGUCAUCAGUGGACAAAAGUUAUUGCAAGAAACCCUUUUGCUUUACAUCAGAUUUUUAAAGAGGGAGAUGCUUUUGGCCGAAGAUCACUUACGGAUCAAGCAGCUGCAUAUAUGCUAGCAGCCUCUCAGAAUUUGAAUCUCUAUACUCCUCCAAAAGUCCAUAUGUCCUUUGUAAAUGGUGUGCCUGAGAUUGUCAAGACAUAUCUUGAAAAGUUCAGUAUAGGGGUUGAAGGACAAAUAGUUACUAUUGAUGAUGAUAUUUUAAGUGAUUCCGACAGUCUUAGUUCUGAUUCUAAAAGUGUUGAUGAUAAUAUCUGUGAUACUGCCAGUGCUUUUGUAACUCCAGCUGAGGAAAAGACAUUUACAAAGCUCAACCUUUGUGUGACGACAUUGAUAGCCUAUGUGUCCGCUCUGACUAACGGUGGUUGUAACUGCAACUUCCGCGAGCCUCUUCUACAACAACAAGCUGAGUGGGAACGCGCUGCUCCUGUCAAACCCCUUCUAGACCAGUUGUUUGAAGGUAAGGAACUAGUAUGCUGUACAGCCGCCCUGGAUGACUUCCACAAGAUCCUGGCAGUAGUAGGGGGAACCGGAGAGAAGCGACGGGCUACUGAGUUCUUGUCCAGAGUUACAGAAGUGAAAGGGAUUAUGUACCCCGGACUGCGACCUUCGGGAAAAAUUAAACGGAGAUCACUUGAGAUUUUUGGAACGGGUCAUGCUCUGGAGGCCCCUACUGUGUCAGCCAACAAGGGGUUUUUGCAAGCGGCGUUGCAAAAGGGAGUCAAAUUUGCUGCAAUUAUUCACGAGUCCCGUGCCUUGACUGAAUGUAAACAACUUCCAGACGUAGACGUAAGUUAAUAGUGCAUUUAUGCAUUUUACACUAGGAGAGAUUUUGUAAAUACAUAUUAUUUAUUA